UUAUAGCAGUCGAAUGGUUGGAGAGUAAAAAAAUUGGUAUGAAGAUACUGUUCACACUCGUUAUCUUUGGAGCCUUCAUAACUCGCCUAAAAAGUGCGCGUGGUGUUUCUUCGUUGCCUUCGGGGGUUGAAACUCCAGACAUCACUCAGUUUUACACACAAAAUGAAACAAUAUGGACAAUAAACACAACAAUUCAAUUUACUGAAAUAAUAUGCAAAGUCGACCUGGUAAAUAAAACGACUGCAAAUUACGCGGACUUCACGAGAAUGUACUUCUGGAAAGGAAACUUGACCAGCAACUAUUUGCGAGGAACGUUCACAACAAUCCCCACUUUCACCAACAAAUCAGUGUAUAAUGCGAUGAUGGUCGGCCCCCCAGAUGGCUUUGUUACAUCGACAGAAGAGCUGGUGAGCGUCUACGCAAAUUACACGUGUGGUAUAUUUGACGUAUUAGGAGUGGAAGGUUUUCAUUCCCACUAUGAAGUACGCGUGAAGAAUAUUACAUUUGGACAUCCCGAUCCUGAAUGUGUACGACAAUUUAUGAAUAUUUCAGGUCAUAGCUAUAAAACAAUCACAAAUGAUUCUUGUCUCAAUACAUAGCUUACAUCUGCACGGGCAUCCAUUGCUCCCCUGCAAAAUAUUUAUGGUAAUAGGUGCAAUUUAAACGUUGCCAUUGCGAAUUUGAGCACCUUAUGCAAUGAAUGAUUUAGCAUACGAGUGUGAACCAAACAAAACUUCAGCAUUUCACUGAAGUGCCAUAAAUAUCUGCUUAUAGAAAAAUAUGAAGAGUGUGAAUGAUGAUGGGAGUUGGUUUCAAAAAACUUGUAUAUUUUCGAAUAAAUUUUGUGCUGUGUUUG